GCCCUGUUUUGAGAUAACAUUGAUAUAAAUCUUCAUGCAGCAGCACACGCCAAUUUCAUAUACAUGUGAAAUGAAGAAAACCUACGGAUACGCCUUUCUCCAACAAGUUAGCUUCGUCUCAUUUUCUUAAGCAUUAAUUAAGUUAUCUUGGUCGACUCAUACUUGUAUUAAAUUCCCCACUCAUUGACUGCACAAAUGAAUUCAACUAGAAGCUCUUCAAAUUCAGGGCUGACAGCCCCGUAAAAAUAUUUGCAAGUACGAGACCGCUGGACCGCGGCGCCAUGUCUGUCAUCUACGCCGCCUUCAUCUUACUGAUUGCAGAGGAGCUCGGGAGAACGAGCGGGUUCUCCUUAUCCGUUCCAAUAGCACCGCCGGACUCUGAUGGCGCUCAGCGUCUUCGGGCCAGAGGAACGUCGCUACAAAAUCUGCAGCAACUCCUGCCCUCGGGACCGGUCCUGGCUGAAGGCCGAACAGAAGAAGAUGACUCUGGAGGCGUGGUGACCUACAGUAAUAACUCCGGGGUCGUGCUCAAUUGUGCCGCUAAGGGAGAUCCUGAGCCCAGCAUCACGUGGAGGUUUCUUGACCAGAAUCUCGUGAGGGAAAUACCCGGAGUUAGGGAGAUUUUGUCUAACGGGUCGCUGGUGCUGCUGCCGUUCAGUGCGAGUCAGUACCGCCAAGACGUGCACGCCGGCGUGUACCAGUGCGCCGUCUCCAACCCCACCGGCACCGUCCUGGGGUUACCCGCUACACUCAGGCCUGUGGUGACUCAAGGUGUGGAGGUGAUGGUGAGGGACGAAGCUGUGAUGUCAGGAAACACAGCGGUGCUGACGUGUGAACUGCCUUCGUCACUACGAGACCUGCUAACUGUCACUGCUUGGGAGAGAGACAGAGGAGUCCAUAUCUAUCCCAGCCUACAUGGCGACGGGAAGUACCACGCGAUCAAGUGGAGCGGACAGCUGCUCGUGCACAACGUGGAUGCCUCAGACUCGCACUCCACCUUCCGCUGCGUUGCUCUCCACUCACUCCAACACUCCACCACACACUCCAACGCUGCACGCAUCAUCGUCAACGAUCCUCGAGUGCCGUCGCCACCUCGCCUCAUUACGCAGUCAACACAAGUGCGCGCGUCAGCCGACCUGCCGCUCAUCCUGCCGUGCGUCGCGCACGCCAACCCUCCACCAGCCUACAGAUGGUACCAAAAAACGCCCAACGGUGACCGACUACCAGUGCACCAGCAACAGCUCCCGUCAAGGCUGGGCGUCGGAGGCCUCGUGUCCGGGGCAAGCGACACUAGCGGGGAGAGCGGCGUUCUCGUGCUCGAGAGUGCCAGCCGUCUGCUGGCGCGGGAGGUGGCCUUCGUGUGCGAAGCCACAAAUGCGGCAGGCAGCAGCACUAUGGAGAUUCGCGUGACGCGGUCAGUGCCUGCCUGGGUGCGAGUUCAGCCAAAAGUUGCCGUCGUGGACGUUGGAGGGAGCACGGAGUUCUUGUGUGAAGUGGGCGAGGGCGACUCCAGCACGACGUGGACUUACGGCCACGAGUAUAGCUCCGGGGGCAGAGGCCCUGGCACCGCAACGCGCUAUACGUGGUACAAAGACGGCAGAAUUAUCGCUCCUUCUUCCCGUAUUGUAAUCACAGGCGGAAGCUUGCGCGUGACAGGCACGCAGAGGAGCGACGCGGGCAUGUAUCAGUGCUUCGCUCGGUCAGACCGCACGACUCUGCAAGACGCGGCUGAGCUGCGACUCGGAGCCUCACCGCCCGAGCUGCUCUACAAGUUCAUCAGUCAGAAGAUGCGGCCGGGACCGAGCGCCUCCCUCAAGUGUAUUGCUCGGGGCACUCCAACGCCCACCCUCUCGUGGACGCUCGACGGGUUUCCUCUGCCCCAGUCAGAAAGGAUGCUGGUGGGGCAACACGUGACCGGACUGGGUGACGUGGUCGGCCACGUGAACAUCAGCAGCGUUCGCGUGGAGGACGGCGGCCACUACGCGUGUACGGCCACCAACGUCGCGUCGUCUGUCACCCACGAGGCACCGCUCAGCGUCUACGGUCCCCCACACGUCCGGCCGCUGGGCAGCGUCACGGCCGUGGCAGGGGAGACGUUCAGGGUGCGCUGCCCCGUCGCCGGGUACCCCAUCGAGACCAUAACCUGGGCUAAAGAUGGCCGAGUGUUGCCCAACAACCGCCGCCAAGAGGUGAGCAUCUCAGGCGUGUUGUCCAUCAGGCAAGUGUCCCAGAAGGAGGACAGAGGCUCCUACACCUGCACUGCGGCCGACAAGCAGGGCAACACUGCCACGCAGACCAUGCACCUCGACAUCGUGGAGCCGCCCAGCGUAGCACCGUUCAGUUUGCCGGACUCUUUGGUCGUGGGUUCACGCGUGGCCGUCCAGUGUGUGCUGGAUCGAGGGGACCCUCCUGUCCAGCUGACGUGGCUACACGACCAUCGGCCAGCCACUGAUCUUCCUGGUGUUACUGUGACACCUCUGGGGCAGUUCGUCUUGGCUCUCGUCAUCGAGGAAGUGAAGCCCGAGCACGCUGGCAACUACACAUGUAAAGCCAGCGGACACUCGAGUGAUGGAGUCAUCGAUGCCACUCACUCCUCCGUCCUGCUUGUUCACGUCCCCCCAGCCAUCCGGCCGUUCGAGUUCGGCUCAGUGAUAGCGGGCAUGCGCGCUCGAGUGUCAUGCCUCGUGGCGCUUGGAGACCCUCCUCUUACCAUACGGUGGCUCAAAGAUGGCUUGCCUCUUGACACACCCAUGGUACACGACAUUAUCAUGACUCAUCCUGACGACUACACGUCAAGCAUCGUCUUGGCAGCUGUCGAGCCUCGUCACGCUGGCAAUUACACUUGCCUAGCGCGCAACCCGGCGAGAGAGACGAGUUAUACAGCCGUGCUCGACGUGCAGGAACCACCACGCUGGGUACAGCCCCCUGACCAAGUGAGUGUUGUGAAGGGGGAGGUAGCUGUGCUGCAGUGCCUCGCUCAGGGCUUUCCUACACCGACCAUCUCGUGGACAAAAAACACCAAAGGCAACCGACUCGGUUCUAACAGCCACUCCAACCGACUGUCCUUACCGAAUUUACCAAAUUUGGCCUUCCACUCUACCCAUCUGUCGCUUUUCACCUCACGAAGUCGCGGGCACCAAAUGCAAUACCGCUCAUCUGCGACAGACUUUUUACCACACGGAGCGUUAGUUCUGGGCUUUAGAAACAAUGACGUCCAUCAUGCCACAUUCCUGGGGGGAAGUGGAAACGUUAACCUUCAAGGUUCCUCUCGGGGCACACACAACAACGUGCAUCCAGGGACCCGAACUCGUCCAUCAGAAAGCCAAGAAGUUGUAGGCAUGGACUUCCACCGCGCGAUGAUGGGCAGCAGACGCCUAACUACAGACGGCAGCAUGAACAUCCCGGGGGCGAUGAGCUUCCCUAACGGCACGCUAGUGAUACAAGCAGUCACUGAACUGGCAGAAGGAAGCUAUAUUUGUGAAGCUACCAAUGGUGUGGGAGCUGAUAUAUCAGAAGAAGUUACGCUCACAGUGCAUGCUCCUCCGACGUUGACCGGCAAGGACCGCAUCGAGGCUCGCCGCGGUGACGCCGUCACCAUCAAAUGCUCGGCUGAGGGCGACCCGCCGCUGUCUCUUGUACUCACGCCGCCCGGCCAAGUCGAUCACAGAUACGAAAAGUUUUCAGGGCCCAAACAUGGCACGGAGUUUCCCAGAGGAAGUUCCUCAGAUGACAAACAAGUCCAAGAGAUCGUGCUUAGAGAAGCCCAGCCCUUGGACUCCGGCUACUUCAUCUGCCACGCCAGCAACCCGUACGGCCAAGAUACGAGACGCAUACAACUUCUCGUGCAAGACGUGCCGUCUUCACCCCGAGACUUGCGGGUGAUGAAAGAGGACAGUCGCUCAGCACGGGUGACCUGGGCAGCGCCAGUCUCCCCCAACACUCCAAUCGCCAGCUACAACGUGCAGUUUAGAGAGGCUUUCGGUGGAAACAGUUGGAGUGGAUCAGACGUUCGUCAGGUGACGGCAGAUGGAGCGGCGACAUCAGUGCAUCUAACUGACCUGCUGCCUGCUACUGAAUAUCAGGUGCGAGUAAUCGCAGUAAACAGCGUGGGUAUGUCGCCGCCGUCCGAGCCCUUGUCUCUCCGCACGGGGGGCGAGGCCCCGAGUGGCGCCCCCCGUAACCUGAGGGCGACGCCCUUCACGUCCCGCUCCGUCAGGGUUGCCUGGACCCCACCACCGAGGGACACGUGGCAUGGAGCCCUUCUGGGUUACUACGUCGGAUUCAAAAAAGCUGGUAGUACCGACAACUAUGUCUUCAGAACAGCUUCUCUGCCGCUAGCCACAAGCACCUCAAACAAAAUCUCGUCCGACAAGUCAAGCGGUCAUUCUUCUUACCUGAACGACCUUACAGACAAACAAGACCGAUCCAAAAAUGCUUUCCUUAGCAACGGAUUGGAUUUGAUAGCAAAGGAAGUGAGCCGAGGAUCUUACAGUGUCAGGAAUGUGGACGAUCUUGGUAGGAAAUCACACGGCGUGUCAGACGACGACGUGCUACAGGAGUGGGUGGUAGACGAGCUUGGAAAAUACUCUGAGUACGAGUUCAUUGUUCAGGCUUACAAUGCUAUUGGACCGGGGCCUUUGUCCGAUCCUAUCACCGCCAUCACUCUUGAAGAUGUACCUGAGGCUCCCCCUCAGAAGGUGUCGUGCUCUGCCCUCUCCCCCACCAGCCUGCAGGUCUCGUGGAGCCCUCCACCUGCUCCCCUCACUCACGGCCAAAUCAGCAGCUAUACCCUCACUUUCGCUCCCCUCGACGAUCACACCGGACUGCCGGCCAGUGAGUCAAUGAGCGUGCAGAGCACCAGCGCCACGCUCACAGAGCUGCACCGCUACACUAACUACUCGGUGCGCGUCGCCGCCGCUACUCGGGCAGGUCUGGGCGCUGCCUCCAGCGACAUCUUGUGCGUCACUGACAUGGAUGUCCCCCAAGCUCCGGCUAAGGUGAAGGCUGUAGUGUCGGGCCCCACGUCAGUGAGGGUUGCCUGGUCUCACCCACCUCGCACACACGGUCCCCUCACCCACUACACCGUCCACUACCGGACCGGCACUAACUCUGAGAGCAAAACACUUCAGUUCAACUCCUUGAACGCUGAAAUAACGGGCCUGCGCGAGGGGAGACAGAUUGAGGUUUGGGUGACAGCGGCCACCCGCGCGGGAGACGGUCCUGCCUCCGCCAAAAUUAAAAUCACCCCCAGCGACACAGUGGGCGCCGGCAUCUACGCAGUGGGGGGGCCGGUUAAGGUGGGACGCGGCACCGACAUACUCCUGCCCUGCCCCCACGUCGGGGCUCCUAAACCCAUCAUCAGCUGGGAGACGCAAACGGAGGGCGGUCACAACCGGUCCGAGCAGCAGCCGGACCACAGUCUGCUCAUCCGCGACUGCCAGCGAGCGGACUCCGGAAAUUACACCUGCCAUGCGUCCAACUCACACGGCUCUGAUCACGUGACGUACAAGCUGCUCGUCUUGGUUCCGCCAUCGGCGUUACACCUCCGCGCGUUGUCUUCGACCAGCCACUCGGUGAGCCUGCAGUUCGGGACGUCUUCUGAAGAUUCGUCUCAGGGCGGCAUGACGACGAAGCCGUACGACGAUGGGGGUGCCCCUCUGAGAAGGCUUCUGCUGACGUGGCGUCGUCAGGGUGGCGAGUGGCGAGAAGAGGAACUGGACCGACACCUGACGCAGUAUAAGCUCGAGGGGCUUGACUGUGGCACAGCUCAUCAUCUUUAUGUGACACCUUACAAUGCUAUCGGGGCAGGCGCAGCAAGUGAGGUGGCCACGUUACGCACAAAAGGGUCGCGGCCUCCGGUGCCGCCCCAGCACCGCCUCAUUGGUUUCGUAAACACGACAUCCGUUCAGCUUCAUCUCCCUCUGUUUUCUGACCCCGACUGUCCUACAGAUACAAUUGCCGUCAAAAUCAGGAGACUCCAGCCCACGCAGGGGUCAUGGCGCAAUGUUGGGGUUACAGCCCCCGGCUCGCAUGAGAGUGUGGGAGCACCCACCACGGCCGUGACAGUGGGGGAGCUCGCCCCCGGCAGCCGCUACGAGAUGAUAGUGACCGCCCGCAACUCUGCCGGGGUGACUGAGGCAGAGUAUGCCUUCACGACCCAUAGUCACGAGGAGCGGGAGCUACAAGGGGGAGUCCUGCGAGUCGGAACCAAAGCCGUUCACUCCUCGGCUGACCUGUUCCGGGAUCCGGCGUUUAUAGCCCCCGUUGUCGUGUCCUGCCUCGCCAUCGUCGCCAUUGUUGCGGCACUCGUGCUUUGUUGGCGCAAAAAACCAAGCGAAGACUCGAACGCCAGCCAGUGCAUUGAAAACAAACCUUGCGAACUGAGCGUGAAGAAGGAGGAACAAUUCUACAGCGCACUCCGUAAACCGCCCGUCUCGCCUGCCACCCGAACUGACAACACUGAUUCCAGCAUUCCCGAGUACGCCGAAGAUAUCUACCCGUACGCGACGUUCCAAGAGGCACGUGGCACUGAAGACCAGGAGGCGUCGAGCUUCCAGACGUUCGUGUUCCGGGAUCCUCGCGUGAUGCCACCACACGCGGUGUCAGCAAGCCAUCAGCAAGAGUACCGCAAGGGCUCGGAACUCGCCCCUCAAUACGGGGCGGUAGUACGCAGACCUCGCGCCCGCUCGUCCUCCGGAGGCUACAGCAUCGAGGGCGACCUGCUGAGCGAAGACGACCUCAGCGUCAGCGACUCCGACACCGAAUUGCCUGCCUCGUCACGUACCGAGAGCUCCUCGCAUCUCGACGACGCCUCGGUCGGGGGCAGCCGACGCAACACGCAUCACAACCUGCUGUACGUUGCGUCCGAUGCUUCCACGAUCACCUCUCCGGGGCAUGAGCGGCGGAGCCUUCCAAGACGAACGCAGUCAAGGAUGAGUGGCAGCAGCGGUGGAGGCUACGGCGCCGCUACGGUCAUGGUAAAAAAUGCACGUAACGCGAAAGCGAAUAGAGCGGCUAAUGCAAACGCCGUCGCAAUUUCCGGGCCUCCUCAAGCUGACAGGAAAAUUUCUGGCGGGCUAUCGUUCAAAGGCAAAGACAACAACAAAAACAGUCACGACAGGAGCAAGCAGACCCAAAAUGACAAUGUAUGGAGGCUCAACGAGAUGGAGAAGAUCAGUUCACUUCAAAGUCCAGUUCAAAUGCAAAAUCUGAAACAGCAACAGAAGCAGGAACAGAUUCUUCAUCAGCAACAACCUCCAAAUCAUUUCAUCCCCAUUACUGAUCAGAGAAGCUCGUAUCAAUUGCAGGAACAGCAUAAGCAUCAUCAAAUGCAGCAGCAAUUAGUACAUUACCCUUAUCACCAGGGCCAGCAAGCUAACCUUGUAGACCAAAGCCCCGCACAACAUUUCAGAACUAACAACAUGUCUAACGCAGCUCAGAGUCCCAAGCGCUCCAAAAGCCAGGUCUUGAGCCAUAAAAAUCCGUCAGAUAAAAUCACUCCAAACUCGAACGGACUCAUUGUGAGCAACAACGAAGAGCUUCUAGAAGUCAGUGCUGGAGGAGCGGAGCGUAAAGAAGACGAGAGGACAAGAGCCCGGCAACCGACACCAACACCUCAUAUGAAGGGCGCAGAAGGCGUGAGUGAGGCUGAAUGUGCGAGAGAUGCGGCUGUUGGUCGUAAAGUGCGACAGCGAGGCAGGAACUACUCUAUAGCUGUCUAACUGACACCGUUAUCAGCCUUCAACUUCCUCAACGGACUAGAAUAGAAGCUCGUGAAUGAUGUACGGGCGAGAUGACUUACAGAAAAAGUUAUUCUCAACAAAAAUAUUCAAAUAAUGAGGUUGAUUGCUGUUCCAAGUGAGACUUUAGAGCUUCCUUUUAUCGUAUGAUAUGUUUUGCGUAAUUUUCAUCUACUAAUAAUAUUCAUGUUCUCCCUUCUGAUCCAUCCUUCCCGCUUUUAUAUAUACAAGUGAUUUUUUUACUCUAAUUUGGUUCAAUUAUACGUACUUAAUUCUGCAUCGAUGUCCGUGCGAUGAUUUAGGUAAAUACUUUGUCAAUGCAAACUUUGGCUUAAACAUUACAAUGAAUCACAUUCUUCCCUUGUUCUCAUUUACUUAUUACUGCAAGUGAAACUCAGAAGAUUGAAUACCACCAGUAUUUAAGGUAUGGAAUAAAAGUGGCAAUUAUACCCAGAAUAUAAAUAGAUGAGUUCGAAAUUUCCGAGCUCACGUGAAAACGUAAAAUCUUCUGAAUAUAAGGAUACUUCUCUUUGGAAUUGCAUGGCUCCGAUCUGAAGGCUAAUGCUCUACAAUAAAGGCUGAGCAUUAGCAAUGCUUUGCAUCCCGAAUUCUUUUGAGUGGCCAAUGCGCUACCUGAAAUAGUUAUCACAUUACUCGUAAAUUCUAUAAUCAAUAUUGUAAAAUUCUAUAAUUAUUACCACUAUAAACUCGCUUGUUGAAAUUUUAUUAUAUAUGCGAUAUUCCAGUCAACGAUGUGUCAGUUCAUGAGAAGUUAUGAACACUCAUGUUCCAUAUUUCAAAUAUAACCAUAUGUAAUUCAUCCCUCGCAAACUGUUCUUGUCAAUCAAUCAAGGCUCAUUUUCUCUCGUUCCGGAUACUAAGAACUCUAACAAUACUCUUCACAAAGUAUCUAAUAAUCACAUUAAUUCUUAAUGUGAGCACAUGUUUUCCACGUUACUGAAUCCCCCGGGACGUUCGUGUAUAAUACGAACCGGGAUGUGGGCAACUUCUAACUCACAUUUCUUCCAGAAAAAUUAGCAGAUAUUCCUAUAUAAAACUUCAAUCUUGCUCCGCUGAAGAUUGGAUCAUUUUCUUAUCGUGGCAAAGUGGUUACGAAAAUGAAAAUACUGGUUUCUAUAUUUUUACAUCAUCUUAAUAGGAACAUUAAUAAUUGAACCUCAUAAGUUUUGACAGAAAUUCUUGAGUACAAUUUGGCUUUAAGGUAAUACUUUUUAGUUGCGCAAUUCUUCAUUAUUGAAGGGAAAAUUUUUUACUAUCUGAAAUAGUCUAGACUCUAGACCAUGAUUGAACUUUCCAAACAAACUUCAAACGUAUUACCAACGUUUACGCGAACGCCAGAAAAGAAAGUAAAACUCCACAAGAUUUUAUACCUUGAUUUAUAAAUAUACCUAUAUUUAUAACUAAUGCAAGAUUUUUUUAAGACAAGUCACGCAUAUUCUUUAUUUGAUUGAAAUAUAUUCGAACAGAUUUUUGGCAUUGAAUGAAGCAAUUUACAAUGUUUUUGAUCUUGAUACUUUAAUUUGUUUCCAAAUAAUUUGGUAAACUCUUUUUUCAACGCAAGGAGAGUGAGGGUUUCGAGACAAUAUAUUAAUAUACUCAUUUAACUGAACCUUCUAUGUCAAAGUAUCGCUAUUGAAGGAAAUUUGUUAGCUGUUGUGAACGUAAUCCCCAUAUAGAGUUCCUUCUUAAUGCUCGUGGAACUGUCGAAUGUUUAUUCUCCAUGUAUACAAAACCUACGAAUGACAGUUUCUGAGAUCCAAUUUAUCAGUGUUGUUGUAUUUUUGCAUACGAUGUAUUGUUUUUUACAGUAAAAAAAUAAA